CUUACUACAGCCGUCGAUUCCUCAAAUCCAACGGUGCUAAAUGCUCCAUCCAAGAAAACCAAAGCAUCCAACUCCACAACUACACCAAAAAGCUCCGUUUAUAUCUGCUCCCUCUCCAACUCCAACCCAUCAACCCUCUUCUUCCACAAAUCCAAAUCGUCCAAAUCAAUAAUCUGUUUGUUUCCCGAGAAAAUGGACACCGGAGGAAAGAUGAAGAAAGGAGCCGCCGGAAGGAAAGGAGGCGGUCCUAAGAAGAAACCCGUUUCAAGAUCAGUCAAAGCUGGUCUUCAGUUUCCCGUCGGUCGUCUCGGCAGAUAUCUGAAGAAAGGCCGAUACUCUCAACGUGUCGGUUCCGGUGCACCGGUGUACCUCGCUGCUGUUCUUGAGUACCUUGCUGCUGAGGUGUUGGAGUUGGCUGGGAAUGCGGCGAGAGAUAACAAGAAGAACAGGAUCAUACCGAGGCAUGUGUUGUUAGCGGUGAGGAAUGACGAAGAGCUUGGGAAAUUAUUGGCAGGCGUAACUAUAGCUCAUGGAGGAGUUUUGCCCAAUAUUAACCCAGUUCUUUUGCCCAAGAAAACUGAAAAAGCUGCGUCUUCUAAAGAGCCUAAGUCUCCAUCCAAGGCUACCAAAUCUCCUAAGAAGGCUUAGUUUAUGCUGUAGUUUCUGGUUGUCAUCCUGUGUACGUAGUUUGGUUCAUGUGUACCAAAGGGUGAUGGUAUUUUUUUUUUGUUUAAUCCUAGGAUUAUAUUAGAAGAAUAUUAUGUAUCUUCUUGUGCUAUGUUCAUGUCGAAGAAUAUUAUGUAUCUUUUGAAUUUAAUGAACUGUUCUGUUCCAGUA